CUAUUGCAAUCUUCUCUAACCCUCGAUUAACUGUUCACACUCUGUGGGAAGGCAUGGCAAAGAAGAAGUGGAAACGUGAAGAAAGUGAAGAAAAAGCAACUCCUGCACAAGAGAUGAACAAUAAACCCAAUAACAAGCGAAAGCGAAACAAUCAAGUUUUCCCCUUCGGCAAUUACAGAAACUACUAUGGCUAUCGAGUUGGUCGUGAUGUAGAGGAAGAUCCUCGGCUUAGGAUCUUUAAAAAGGAAUGGUUUGAAGGGAAGGAUUGCCUUGAUAUUGGUUGCAACAGUGGGGUUGUAACUGUUGAUAUAGCAAAGAAGUAUAAUUGUGGGAGCAUCCUUGGAAUUGACAUUGAUUCAGAUCGAAUUGAGGAGGCAUACUGGUACCUUAGGAAAGUUGUGAAAAUGGAAUCUGGUGAGAAGAAACAUCGAACAGAUUCUAGUGUAAAGGCUGCAGCGAAGGUAAAUAGUUCAGGACAGGGUGAUACUUUCUCAUCUAAUGAAGGUACAAAUGGAAUUUCUAAAGACUGUCCUCCUCCUAUGAAAAGAGAUCUAUCUGAUAUAGUAUAUUUCCAACGAGAAAAUUUUGUUCAAAGUCGUCCUCACCCUGAUAAGUCUUUUGAUACAAUACUCUGUUUGAGCGUGACAAAGUGGAUUCAUCUGAACUGGGGUGAUGAUGGAUUGAUCACCUUAUUUUCAAGGAUUUGGAGACUUCUUCGUUCGGGCGGCAUUUUUAUUUUGGAACCUCAACCUUGGAAAUCCUAUGAGAAUAAUCGUCAAGUCUCUGAGGUAUCAUUUAUACCUCCCCCUCUGUUUUCUGCACUCCUAACACUGGCCAAAUCACUUUCCAUCUUUUAUUUCUGUUUGUUUUAACCAAAUUAUAUGGUUAUAUUAGUUUUCUUUCAAAAGUUGACUUCCAAACUUGAUCCUAAAGAAACUUUUCUCGACAAUAUCUUGAAGACAGCGAAAUUAAAUUAUCGAAACAUUUUAUUCCGUCCAGAGCGUUUUCAGGAAAUCCUUUUGGAUAAGAUUGGAUUUAGAAUGGUAGAAGACAUCACUUCUGGGUUGUCAGGCACCAAAAUGGGUUUUGACAGACCAAUAUUUGCUUUCCACAAAUGAAUCAGUUCUUUGUUAGGUUGCCUCUUAGGCAUCACUUAUCAAGGGAGAGUAUCUUGCAAAAUUCCAGGGGCUGGAACUUUUUGAUAAUUGGGUGUCACAAUUUUGCAUUCAAACAAAAUUAUGUCCACUGCGGCACUGCCUAGCACCAGCAGAGUGAACUCUAAGGAUCUGAAGUUUUUGGUUAUGCUUGCCUGUUUUGUUCUAUCACUACAUCGUUCCAUAUGCCACCUUUGGGGAAAAUGUUUGUUGCUAGAUAUUGUAAAGCGUGAAUAUAAGUGAACCAGAAGAACGGCAGAUAAAUUCGUUGUUGGGAAAUCUUUAUGACUUAUUUUUUUAUAGUCCAAUCUUAUCUUGUACCUCUACUUUAGAAUGCUGCCAGUCAAUUGAGAGCACACUAAUUUAUGUAUUAAAAAGGUGAGAAAAAACAGAAGUUACAGAACUAUUUAUACAACCGUUCUAUAGAAAACAAUAGAAAAAGUUGAAUGGUAAAGAGAAAUAAGGAGAAGAAAAUCAGUUUCCAAUUGUCACACGCAUUGUACUUCGUCAAUAUGUAAUCUCACAAAUGAUUGCCAUUUAUGUUACUUGCAGCACGAUUAUUUGUGACAUUUGGACGAUAUCUUGUUACCUGCAUGGAAGGCAAGUUGGGGAGUUUACGUUAGAUAAUGGAUGCCAAGUCAAAUUGUAAAUUACAAGAGUUGGCUUAUCAGAAAAUGCAAUGUGUGGAUGAUAAUUUGGAUUCAGAAACCACACCAUACGUCUAACAAUCAUAUUGCGU